AAGUCUUCCAAGUUCAUUUGACAUUUCCUUCCUCUUUACCAUGUUCUUAUCCCCUUCUUACCCAUAUAUAUAUAUGAUCCAAUUUCUUUUCAUAACCAUUCAUUUAUAUAACAAACUAGUGACACUUCCACCAUUUUAAAGGAAGAAACAAGAAAAUCCUUUAGCACUUCCAUUAUUUUAGAUUAAUUGAUGGCUAAAGAACGGUCGAUGCAGGCAACCCCCACUUGGGCGGUUGCCGUGGUUUGCUUCAUCUUGCUCGCUAUUUCCAUUUUCAUUGAACAAAUUAUUCAUCACCUUGGAGAGUGGUUGUUGAAAAAGCACAAAAAGCCUCUAUACGAAGCACUUGAAAAGAUCAAAGCAGAACUUAUGUUGUUGGGAUUCAUAUCACUGUUGUUGACAGUGGUGCAAGACCCAGUUUCUAACUUAUGCGUACCAAAGAGUGUUGGUUAUUCGUGGCAUCCUUGUAAGACAGAUGAAGAUGAAAAAUCUAAGUAUGAUGACCCAUGUCUAGCAAAGGGAAAAGUCCAAUUUGCAUCGUCAUAUGCAAUUCACCAGCUCCAUAUCUUCAUCUUUGUGUUGGCAGUUGCUCAUAUAUUAUACUGUAUAGCAACUUUUGCUUUCGGCAGGCUAAAGAUGAGAACAUGGAGGGCCUGGGAAGAUGAAACAAAAACAAUUGAGUACCAAUUCAACAAUGAUCCCCAGAGAUUUAGAUUUGCAAGAGAGACAUCAUUUGGACGUAGGCAUUUGCAUUUCUGGAGCAAAUCGCCGGUGUUGGUCUGGAUAGUUUGUUUGUUCAGGCAAUUCUUCUCAUCGGUUGCAAAAGUUGACUAUUUAACCCUUAGACAUGGGUUCAUGAUGGCACAUUUAACUCCACAGAAUCAAGAGAAUUUUGAUUUUCAAAUAUACAUUAAUAGAGCAGUUGAAAAAGAUUUCAAAGUCGUUGUGGGCAUAAGUCCAGCAUUAUGGCUCUUCACAGUCCUAUAUUUUCUAACCACUACCGAUGGACUGUACUCUUACCUUUGGGUUCCAUUUGUCCCACUCAUAAUAAUAUUACUGGUUAAUACAAAACUUCAAAUGAUCAUAACAGAAAUGGGGGUAAGGAUAUCAGAAAGGGGAGACAUAGUGAAAGGUGUACCAUUGGUGGAGAUAGGUGACCAUCUUUUCUGGUUUAAUCGCCCUGGCUUUGUUCUUUUCUUGAUCAACUUUGUGCUCUUUCAGAAUGCGUUUCAAGUUGCUUUCUUUGCUUGGAGUUGGUGGAAAUUUGGUUUUCCAUCUUGCUUUCAUAAAAAUGCUGCAGACCUAGCCAUAAGGCUAACCAUGGGGGUGAUCAUCCAGGUCCAUUGCAGCUAUGUGACUCUCCCUCUUUAUGCCUUGGUUACACAGAUGGGUUCAUCAAUGAAGCCUAUCAUCUUUGGUGAUAAUGUGGCAAAAACUCUUACAAGCUGGCACAAUACGGCGAAAAAACGAGUGAAACAUGACCGUCUAUCGGGAAACACCACCCCUGUCACCAGCAAACCGGCCACCCCAUUGCAUGGUAGUUCCCCGGUUCACUUAUUACGCGGUUACCCACAAUAUAAGGAAGACAGUGUUCAAGCAUCUCCUCGAACAUCUAAUGUCGAAAAUGAAGGUUGGGCUAAUGAAAUAUCGACUUCUCCCCGUGGAAGAAAUAAUAAUCGGGAGGAAGAAAUCCUACAUGCCUCCACGUCUGCGCAACGUCAUCUCCAUCCUAAUGAGCAUCAAGUUGAGAUUACUGUUUACCCCAAAUUUGGAUAAUCAAUUAAAUUUAUGAGUGAGGUAUAGAAUAUGUGGUAAAACUUUAAUCUAUUCUUUGAUUGAGAGAAAAUGGAAUGUAAUCAACUAUGAAUAAUCUAGAUGGUAGUUGAUGGUC